AGAUGCAGGAAAGAGGCCAGUGGGGAGGAAACGGGUGGUCAGCUGUGCUGAACUGGUGCUGGAUGUGGAGACGAAAACACAAAGAGUCAUCCUGAAGAAAAAGGAGCCUGGAAAGCGCUCCCAGCUUUGGCGGAUGACGGGAACAGGAAUGCUCUGUCAUGAGGGCUCAUCUCCUCCACAGAGCAAACCUUCUCAGCCUCGACCCCUCAGUUCAUCUUUAGUGCUUGACAUUGCUGGACUGGCUGCAGUGACAGACAACAG